UUCCCUGUUACCCUUCUCUCUCUCUCUCUCUGUCUCUCUCUCUCUAUCUCUCUCUCUCCACCUGUUUUCCCUGCAAAAUCUCUCCUUUUUUCCCCUGGGAUUCCCCUCCCGAUCGAGACGGGGAGGGUCCGGCGGUGGAGAGGGGUUUUGAUCUCUUGCUGUUUUGAUGAAUGGAGUCGGAUAGCGUCGAUUGUGUCUCAUUGACGGAUGGGCUUGAUGAGGAGGAGGUCACCCAGCACCGCCACCCCUUCCCCAAACCACACGGCAGCGGCGCUCCCCCUCUCCCCGGGAUCGCGCCCGCCACCAGCGUCCACGAGCUACUCGAGUGCCCCGUCUGCACCAACUCCAUGUAUCCCCCGAUCCAUCAGUGCCGUAAUGGGCAUACACUCUGCUCAACUUGUAAAUCAAGAGUGCAUAACCGGUGCCCUACUUGUAGACAAGAGCUUGGGGACAUCAGGUGUCUAGCACUUGAAAAGGUGGCCGAAUCACUUGAGCUGCCUUGCAAAUAUAGCACACUUGGCUGCCCUGAAAUCUUUCCCUACUACAGCAAGCUCAAGCAUGAAGCACGAUGCAACUUCAGGCCUUAUAAUUGCCCAUAUGCUGGAUCCGAAUGCUCAGUUGUUGGCGAGAUUCCUUUCUUGGUCGCACAUUUGAGAGACGAUCAUAAAGUAGACAUGCAUACCGGAUGCACAUUCAAUCACCGUUAUGUAAAGUCGAAUCCACGAGAGGUUGAAAAUGCAACAUGGAUGCUGACUGUCUUUUACUGUUUUGGACAGUACUUUUGCUUGCACUUUGAAGCCUUCCAGUUAGGUAUCGCUCCUGUUUACAUGGCGUUUCUACGGUUCAUGGGUGAUGAAAAUGAGGCAAGGAACUUCAGUUACAGCCUUGAAGUUGGGGGCAAUGGCAGGAAGCUAACAUGGGAAGGUACUCCACGUAGCAUCCGUGACGGCCACCGCAAAGUCCGAGACAGUCAUGAUGGUCUCGUAAUACAGAGGAACAUGGCCUUAUUCUUCUCUGGUGGUGACAGGAAAGAGCUGAAGCUGCGUGUCACAGGCCGGAUAUGGAAGGAGCAGCCAAACCCUGACUCUGGAGUGUGCGCCCAGUCUCUAUAGGUGAGAUCCGAAACUUGUAUGUGCCAUUAUGUCAAUGCAAUGUGUGGCUUUGUGGUUGCAAUGUGGUGCGUAACCAUAUCGCACUUUGAUGCACGUUAAUGCGAUAAUUGUGAAUAGAGGAAUGGAUGUUUAUGUGGUUCGAAAACAUGCAUCCUGGAACUGUAGUGACUAAUAACAGUAUCUUCUGUCAGUACAGUAGGAUACAUGAUUUUGAAUAUUUUCCCUUUAUUUUAUUUUAAAACAAGAAGCUUUUCUGUUCCUUUUCCA